UAGAAGUCGUAAAGAAAUCAACAUCACACAAUACAAAACGCACCCGUGCACUGCAAACCGUGUAUGCCACACGUUGCCCGUUGUCGUUGUCGUCGUCGUCGUCGCUGUCGCUGUCGUAGUAGUCGUAGUCGUAGUAGUCGCUCUUGUUCACGUUCUCGUCAUAGCUGUUGUUGUUGUUGGUGUUCUUAGCGACGUUUGGGGGGCAUCAUCAUCAUCAUCAUUAGCAGCAGCAGCAGCAGCCGCAGCGGCAUCUUUUGGUUCUGUUUGUGCCCCAAAACUAUUCGGUCGCCUGCGGUCGUCGUGGUCAGCUCGUCGCCCGCCCGCCUGCCUGCCCCAAAAAAAGAAAAAAACAAAACAAAAAAUAAUAUAAAAUAGAAACCAAAAAAAGGCAAAACAAAUUCGCCACGUACCGGCCAAUUGACAGCUCGUAAAAAUCGUAAAAAUCAUAAAAAUAAUCAUAACAAUAAUCGUAAAAUAUUAGAACCGCCAGGCAGUCGCACAUUGGCCACAGCCAGACGCAGACUCAUAAUAAAAGAAGCAACGCAACAAAAUAUUCGCAGAACUGUGUGGAAGAAACCGCGCGCGCUCUUCUCUCUCGUUUUCUUCUCGCUAUCUUGUUCUUUCCGCCAGCGUUUUUUUUUAUGAUGUUGACCCACGUUGUAGAUACUUAAGAGCCCAUCAAAGCCCGUGUCUAUGUCUGGCAGGUGUCUCGGCUAAACUCGGUUAACUAAAAAAUUGUGCAAUAAGUGAAGUUGGUGAUGACUACACUCGUUACACUCAACUACAAAUUCAAGCCAAGUUGACGAGUGUAUAUCAAGUUCAUAACAUUUCUAGUCUCAAAAGAAAAAGCAAGCAAUAUUUACACAAAAACGUAGCGAACAGCCAAAUAUUCAACAACAAAAGUGCAUACAAGAAAAGAAAAGAAAAAAAAAACAAACAAAGAAGGCAAAUCAGAGAAAUAAAAGUAUAGAAAAAGUUGCAAAAUAAUUCAAAUAAAAGUUUUGUGUGAGAAAGUUUUGCGCACGUUGCACACAGCAAAACUGCAAGUUGAAUUCGUAAACCUCAAGGAUUUGGCGAGUCAAAUUGGAUUAAAGCGAUUUCAUUUUGGAUAGCUGCAAUAAAAAAUUGGAUUAGCUGAAUUGUGAGCAUCGUUUUAUGGAUAGCAAAGCGGCAAUAACAAAUAAGAGUUUCAAAAUCAAAAUUGAAAAAUACCAACUAGAGGUUAAGGCUACUUAAGGAUCAUAAGGAACAACUGCAACUGCGAAAGCAACGGAUUUUCUACCAAAACGGAGGAACAGCAAAACCAAAAACAAAAACAGAAAAACUAAUUUUAUACCUCACACACACACAACAAACUCCCCAAACACACACACACACACUAAAUUUAAGGCGCAACUGUACAUUGUACUUAAGUGUUCAAAGGAUAUUUAGUUUACUUUUUAUAUAUAGGAGAAAGUAGCUAAAAGCACACAGAGUCGAGUCACAGUCACUAGCAACUAAGUCACGUUCACGGUCAGAGUUACAGUUACAGUCAAGGGGCAACAAGGGGAAGAAAACAAACGGAUAACAAAAUGACGAUGAGUACAAAUAACUGCGAAAGCAUGACGUCAUAUUUCACCAACUCGUAUAUGGGAGCGGAUAUGCACCAUGGCCACUAUCCGGGCAACGGCGUCACCGAUCUCGAUGCACAGCAGAUGCAUCACUACAGCCAGAAUCCAAAUCAGCAGGGCAAUAUGCCCUACCCGCGCUUCCCGCCCUACGAUCGCAUGCCCUACUACAACGGUCAGGGCAUGGAUCAGCAACAGCAGCAGCAGCAACACCAAGGGUAUUCACGUCCCGAUAGUCCUUCCAGUCAGGUGGGCGGUGUGAUGCCGCAGGCGCAGACAAACGGACAACUGGUGUCAGUUGCCCAACAGCAACAGCAACAACAAUCCCAGCAGCAACAGUCACAACAGCAGCAGCAGCAACAGGCGGCGCAGCAACAUCAACAGCAGCAGCAGCAGCAACAACAUCCUCAGGUGACGCAACAACAGGUGACACAUCCGCAACAGCAGCAGCAACAACAACAGCAGCCCGUCGUCUAUGCAAGUUGCAAGCUGCAGGCGGCAGUCGGUGGCCUCGGUCUGGUGCAAGAAGGCGGCUCACCGCCGCUGGUGGAUCAAAUGGGUGGACAUCAUAUGAAUGCACAAAUGUCGCUGCCCCAUCACAUGGGACAUCCGCAGGCGCAGUUGGGUUACACUGACGUAGGCGUUCCCGAUGUAACAGAGGUGCAUCAGAACCAUCACAACAUGGGCAUGUAUGGACAACAGCAGACGGGUGUGCCGCCAGUGGUGGUGUCGCCACCGCAGGGCAUGAUGCAUCCGGGUGCCGGGCAAGGACCGCCGCAGAUGCAUCAGGGACAUCCAGGACAACAUACGCCUCCAUCCCAAAAUCCGAGUUCGCAAUCUUCAGGGAUGCCGUCACCACUGUAUCCCUGGAUGCGAAGUCAGUUUGAGCGCAAACGUGGCCGCCAGACCUACACACGCUAUCAGACGCUGGAGCUGGAGAAGGAGUUCCAUUUCAACCGCUAUUUGACUCGUCGGCGACGCAUCGAGAUCGCGCAUGCGCUUUGCCUCACCGAACGCCAGAUCAAGAUCUGGUUCCAGAAUCGACGCAUGAAAUGGAAGAAGGAGAACAAAACGAAGGGCGAGCCGGGCUCCGGUGGCGAGGGCGAUGAAAUAACGCCACCGAAUAGUCCACAGUAGGAGCAGGAAGAUUAAACGCUGCAGGAGUAGUCCAAGUCCAAAUCCACGUCCCAAGUCCCGAGUCCAAAUCCAAAUCCAGCAAACAACACAGCAAACAAAACUAAAUGCAAUUUCAAACUAAAUACAAUUUACAAAAAAUAUUCUGAAUUUAUGAAUUUGUUUUGAACUAUCGAAGAGGACUAAAUACUAAAUACGUUGAUGUACACACACAAUACACUAAACACUAAACUACACUCUACUACAACUUAGUUAAUUGUUAUUAUUUUCAUAUUAUUAUUUAAUUUUUACAAAAUGCAAAUGGAGAAAGCGUAAUAAGUUAAAUAAACGUAAAAGAAAAAACACAAAUACAAUUAAAGCGUAAAACUCAACAAAACCAACUCAUGUGACCUCAGAAUUAAAUAAGCUAUAUGUACAUAUAUAUAUGUGUGUGUAUCCAUGUGUGUGUGUGUGUGUGCGUCCAUACACACACACACAUGUGCAUAUAGACAGAUAUGUGUAUUAAACUAAUGCAUAAUAAUAACUAUAAUAAUACAAUUAAAGUAUAAUAAUAAUAACUAUAUAUAUGAAACAUAUAUACGAGUAAAUACAAUAUACGAUAUAUAUAUACACAAUAUAUAUGUAUACAUGAUAACAUUAGAUCUAUGCGUCCUAAGUGUAAAGCAUACUUUAAUGAUUAAUGUACGAGUACGAUUAAUUUAUACGGUAUAUACAACAAACACGGCAAAAGCAAAAAGAAGAAGAAAAACGAUAACUACAUAAACCUUAACAUACAAUGCUAUAAUAUAUACGUAUAUAUAAUAUGGUUUACUAACUAAAUUGAAUGUUUGUAGCGAAAAGAAAAGGAAAAAAAAACCAAUUGCUAGACCCAUGCAAUAUGCAGAUUAGCGUGUUUUAUGUUUGCUAGAAAUACAAAAUGGAAUUAAAUGGAGGAGGGGGAAAAGUAACGACCACACUACAUAAAAUACAAAUCGAAGCAGAAUACUAGAAACCUAAACCUAAACAAUAAGUGCUAAAUGUCGCAGAAUUAGACAAAAGAGAUACCAAAACCGCUAAGAAAGUGGAUAAACAAAUAAAACACACACACACACACACACAUAUAUGAGAUAAACCAAAAGGAUAACCGAAAAGAAAAAAGAGAAGAGAACUCGAGAAGUUCUUUAUACACAUUUCGGCUAGCCGAAUUCACAAGAUUCUUCCCAGGCUUUGAAUAUAUGAUAAAAAAGGGAUAUAUCAAAGAAAGAACUUCUCGUUGCUUUUCGUAUUACUUAUACAUAUACAUAUAUAUUAUUUCUUGUGCAAUUUUCGUUUGUUUCCAACAUAAAUAUAUAUAUUUUUUUAAUUUUCUCAAUUUUGUAAAAUUACGAAAAAUUGCAAAACACUUGAAUUAGGUCGUAAAUGGAUAUAAAGUAUACCGACAAAAACCAAUUGGCAACAUUAUACAUGAAAAAAUUUAAAGAGUUAAACAAAAACAAAAAACACAAAAAUUAUAUAUUGUUAAUGAAAUGUACACGCUGUUUUGAAAAGAAAAUGAAAAACAAAAACAAAAUACUUAAGAAAAUGAAAUAAUCCAUGUAAAGUAGAAAAAUAAAACAAAAAUAAAAAAUAAAACAGAAAAUAUACUAUGCAUACUCGUAUAUUCGAAAUGCAUUUCUGAAUGCAGGUGACUCGAUGGGCCGCCUACUCUUAAGCCUAUAAACAACUAUAUUGAAUGAAUGUAUGUACGUAACUCAACUCAAUUUCUACAUUUUUCACAAAAACAAAAAAAAAACACAAAAAAAAACCAAACACAGACAACUUAACAGAAAACCGAAAAAAGCGAGAAAUGUAGAAAUCCAUAUACCAAAGUUAUAAAGAAAGAAAAAUGAAAAGAAAAGAAAAAAAGCAUCAUAUGUUUAUAUGUAGAUACUAUAUAUGUAUUUAAAACCUACGUAAUAUUAUGCGUGUAACUUGUAGAGAUCGUUUCGUUUUGUAAAUUCCCCCAGAAUUCAAAAACAAUAGCAAAACCGAAAAAAACAAAACCCCAAAAAUACUAGAGAGACAACAUUUGUGAUUGCAAAGACAGAGAGACAGAGAACAUGUGAAAAUUGUGUAGGAAAAAAACGCGUGGAAAUGUACGGCAGACCAAGCGCCGAGUGUGGUAUUCACUGGGAUCGAUUGGCAAAAAUAAAUCCUAACUCAAUCCAGAUACGUAACUUUCGGCCUCAUUCUGUAAGAAACUAAAAACUUAAGUUUCAAUUAACAAAAAGGAAAAAAACCCAAAAAAAUGAAGAAAUUAUAUUAUUGUAGAAAUUCACAGAAAACAAAAAUUUUAAUGCAUUCAGAUAAAGAGAAAUAUAUAUAUUCGCGAUAUAUAUAUAGAAAUCACACACAUACACAUUUCACGGCGAAAUUGAAAUGCAAAAUUAAAAUGAAAUGAAAUGUGGAAGCUAAUUAAUUUGUUGUAAAUAAAACUUAAAUUUUAGUGUAAACAAGAUGAUGGUGAAGAUGAAGAGGAUGGAAGAUAGAAGAUAGAAGAGCUGCAAAAUGCAAAAAACAAACAGAAAAGCAUAAAAAUUAUAAUUAAAUUACAAAUGAGAUUUUGUUUUUAUUUGUAAUA